AUGACAAUAUUGAAGCCAAUUGCAUUAUUCAUUCUCAUGUUAUGCACUAUUCUAGUUGUAGCUCAAUCCAAAAAUGUCCAACCAAACAAUGCCAAUGAUCUAAAUCUAAUAGAACAAACAUGCAAAAAAACUCCAAAUUAUGCACUUUGCAUUCAAUAUUUGAAACCACAUAGCUCUGAAACAACUGUGAAUAGUUUGGCAAUAAUCAUGUUUACUACAAUGUACUACAAAGCACAUGAAACCAAAAUCAAAAUCCAUAGACUUCUUGAAGAGCUUGAUCCUCGUGAUCCAUUUCAUCGAAGGGUACCACUUACUGAAUGUAGUGAUAUAUAUGAAUCAAUUUCAGCUGAUGCUGCAAGUGGCGCUAAUGAAUUGAAAAGACCUCCUACACAUACCAAAGUUGUAGAAUAUUGUGCAAAUGAUGCUAAAUAUAAAGCCAAUUUAUGUGAGCAUAAGUUCCAUGGUGGGGGGUACUUAAGAACACCACUUACUGAUAACAACAAUAUUAUGAAAAAUUUAGCACUAUUAACAGCAGCUAUUAUUCCAUUAAUAUAG